GCUGAGUUGGUCGCCCGCGACGACAAUUUCCCGCGCCUGGGCGGUGACUCGAUCACGGUGAUCUCAAUGCUGACGGCAGCUUACAACAGCAGCGUGGACAUCGAGCUCACCAAAACCACUGUCCACGAACUCAUCUCCAUUCGUGCUGCCGCACAGCCUGAAGCCCAGGCUAUCGAGACAUGCAACGGAUCGCUGUCUUACUCGGAGCUAGAUAGCCUAGCGACAUGAACGGCGGUCGAAGCAGGCGUCGAGCCGGAGUAGAGGUGUCUUCUGCCUAGACAAGUCCAAGCUUUCUAUCGUCCAUCACGAAAUCUGGCGGAGGAGAUGAAUGCCCAGCUGGCCAUUGCCUCCCCAUUCACAGUAGCGCGAUGCGCUGGACUAGGCGUCGAAGCCAUCGUGCUGUGCACCGAACUGUUAGAUCAGUUGCCAGAAGUCAGCCAAGCUGCCCAGGGGACAGUGUUGCCUACAAAAUCUGCAAUCCAAGGUCCAUCAUCGUCGAGCACGCAGCAGUGUGCACGAAGGUGAUGAGGCACGCAGCGGCCCAUUGCGUUGAUACACGGACGCAAAUGCUGCAGUUUUCGAGCUUUGUCUUCGACGUCAGCUUGAGCGAAACAUUUAUGACGCUCGAGUGGGGAGGUGUGCUGCGCGUGCCGUCGGCAUCGCAGCGCCACGAGGGAGUCGCCGAAUUCAUCAGGAGUUCCAACGCCAACUCGGUUAUGUUGACGUUUUCCUUCCUCAAGACGUUGACACCUGUGCAAGUGCCUUCUAUGGAUUUUGUUAUCCUCGUGAGUGAAUCGUCGGUCAAGGGGAUCCUACAGACCUGUGUCAGAUCUGGCGUCCGGCUGAUGAACUCGUUUGGCGCGACAGGAUCACGUAUCUUCUAUGCCGCCCAUACCUACGAGCGUCCAGAUGCCACCAACAUUGGCCCGGGUAUCACCUCAAGCAUGUGGAUUGCAGACCAGCAUGACCUGGCCGGCUGGCGCCAAUCGGUUGUAGAGGCGAACUCGUUGUCGAGACAGACACUCUCUCCAAGCGCUACUUGAAUGACAAGAACGGGACAUCUCAGGUUUUCCACAUCAAGCUGCGCAGCCACCGCAUCGCUUGGCAAGGGUCUCGACCCUUUGUCGCGAGCUCUCGACACGACACUUUGGUAGCAGCUCGUAGUGCUGGACAGCCUAGCUGGCCUAGCUGAGCGGGGUUAUGGCACAACCCUUGAUAAUUGCUGACGCCUCUUGAUGGAGAAAGACGACCUACUUCGCAGGCUCAGAUCCGAGGUUCCGCGUCUUCGCGGUAAGUGUCAAUGCGGGGCGUCGCUAAAAGCAGGUCGGUGGG